AUGAUGCGUCGUCUGUGCGUGCGUGCAGUGGCUUUGCAGCCCCACGUGGGACUCUUUCGCUCCAUCUCCGUGUCUAUAGAUAACCAACAACCUCAUCGACACUUAUAUUCCACACGUGCGAACGGUUUACGUCAUCGUUUGCCCCGUCCAGCCAAUCAAACGCCUAAAGUACGCGUAAAAGACAAGCGAAUAAACGUUUUAUUGUCCAAUCAGACGACAUCCGACCAUUUCGUCUUUGCUUGUCGAGCAUUACGUUGCAAAGACGAGACUGCAUUGCUGGCCAAUACCGAUCCCUGGACAUGGAAUAAUGCGCUCCAGCGUCGACUGGAAAUCAAGGACGAGCGAGGAGCGGCUGAACUCUUGGGUCUCGUGGCCAGUUUUGACCGUGAAAAUGCUAGUGAACCCGUAUGGACAGAUUUGUUAUUUACGGUGUUACGACAACGUUCGUCCCGUUUUUUUCGUACAAAAGAGGUUCAAGAGCUUUUGGAACAAUUGAAAAAGCGAUAUGGACCGUACUUUGUUGCCAAAGUGCUGAUUGAAGUGGUCAAUGGUUGCGCCAAUAUCAAGAUGUUAGUGGUUGCACAGGAAUUGCUGCUGUAUCAACAGACAUUGUGGUCGGAGAUUCGCAAGACGGAUUGUGGUUUGAGUUCACAGGAACCGCUAAUGCCACCGUCUAUUGUGGGCCAUUUGAUGGCCAAGAUGACGCAGAAGAAGCAAUAUAAACAAGUGCUAGAGUUAGCUACAGGGUAUUUUGCAAGUGCAGAGUUUGAUGCGGCAAGAGAUUUCCAGCAACAAGGCUUUCUAAAACUCUUUGAAGCAAGUAUUAAGACCAAACAUAAUCCUAGAAAAGUUGUACGCAUGUUUUUGGACUACGUGGAUGGAAAAGUUCGUGUCAGUGGUGGAGAUUUGGAGAGAGUUCAAAGUUUAGUGCUUGAAAGAGGCUUUGGAGCUGCAAUUCAAUGCUGUGUGACACUCGAGGAAUUUUCGCUAGCAUUGCAUUGCUACCAAACGAUGGAGAGCAUUCGCGAGAGGCUGCUUGACCUUGGUAAUGAUGUUAAAUUCGAGGCGAAAGAUCGGUGCGACGAUGCCAACGAGAAAUUUCGUAUUGUGGAUGAGGUGCUUCCAGCUGAUGAAAACUUGUGCGUUAAUGCAAUGAAAGCGUGUAUGGCCCUGAAGAAUUUCUCCACGUUCAAAAAGGUGUUUCGCGGGAUGGUAGCGCGAGGGGUAGCCCGUAGUGCUGGAUUUGGGUUGGGGAUUCGUUACUGUCACAAGUACUUGGAUCCGACCUUUCUUGAAGAAGUUUUGAACGAGGUAUUCUUGAUGGAGCAGGAGCUGGCGGGUGCAUGGAUGCUGGAAGUAGAAAAUUACAACGACGCGCUUGGCUGUUUCGCAGCGACGAAUAGGUCAGACCAAGCCAAGGAACUUUUCUCGCAAAUGUUAAACAAUCCAUUCAUCGUGCCCGACCAUAUCACGAUGCUCGAGAUGGUGGAGAAUCACCGCGACGCCGCUAUCGAGGAGAUUUUCAACCUCAUGGACGUUUUUCUCGAGCGGAAGCUGGCACCUAAUCUUCAGGUUUUCACAUCGCUGCUAUCUAUCUGCAUGCGCCGGCGAAUAGUAGGCGAUGCCAUUGCACUUACUGAUGCGAUGAAGAAGCAUGACGUAGUUCCAGAUGUUAAGGUUUUUACGACGAUCGCAUUUAUCCAUGCAUCGCAUGGUGACUUGAAGGCGGUGGUAGGUGUCUUGAGGGACAUGGCUAGCCAAGGUAUUGCUACAGACAGGAUAUUCUUCGACUACGUCAUCAACGCACUAUACGGAGCGUGCGGUAUCGACAUGUGUUUCUCGUUAUUUCGUGAGAUGAGCGAAGACCACUUGGCGAUCCCGGAAGGGUUGUACGUCUCUUUGGUUGACCUGGGAACCAAGAUUGGUUUGAUUGAGCGCACCUUACAUGUUGCCUAUAACAUGGAAUGCGAGGGCUUCCAGCUUUCUUCUGAGCAGUUGCACGAACUGAUGAUGCGGUGUCACUCGUAUGACGAGAUCGCAGAGUUUGUGCGCACCUUCUCGUUGUUACACCAAGGGCUGCAGCCUGAGACCCCGCGCUUCGAGAUAGAACUAUACGAAGAUUUGGUUUCGGUGCUAACGCAGUUCAAUUGCAACAACGAAGUCUCGAAAGUUAAAGAGCUAGCUAGAGCAGCGGGGCAUGACGAUCUAUUUGUAUAG